AUGUACUGGACCUCUACAGAGUCAGAGGCAGGCCCUCAGUGCUAUCAGCGCUCACCCCCCUCGCCCUCCCACGACCCACGUCGCCGUACGCGGCCAGCGCGGCGCCCGCAAGCGGAAUUCGCACUCCCGCCACUACGCGAUUCGCCUCAGUAUACGUGCGACCGCUCGCCACAGAAGACGGUUUGUAAUAUCACGCCCACUCACUUAUUACGCAGUAGCGUGUAUCGCCGAUCGCGUGGUCCCCUAAAACCGAAACUCGUCUCUAAGAGGACUAACGCGUGCAGUGAUAACUUAUCAGUGCGGAAAAGUUUCCAUAGUGUUCGACGUUCGUACUCUCGAGGACAUUGUGCAGUGCUGAUCUCUGGAACUGAAUUCGGUGACCAUAGUUACAGUGGUAACGUGAUCGCUAGCCACGUUACAAGGUUAUCGCGCCUCUAG